AUGCUCAUCAAAUUCACCACAACUACGCGCUAUAUCGCCCUUUCGGUGUUUAUCAUCUUCGGCUUGCACGCAAUUCUCAGCGUCACCCAUGAAGACUACGGCCGCGCAACCUCACUAGGCAACAUCGCCUCGCAAAUGCCGUGGAGAAAAGCAAAGUCCGGAUACGUCUACCCUCUCGAAGACUACAUACCCCUCCCCGAGUCGGACGCCGCCACACCGCCCGACCAACACCUGAGGCGCCAUGCCAACGCGACCCUGCUCAUGCUCGCGCGCAACACGGAUUUGGAGAUGGCGCUGCGGAGCGUGCGGAGGCUGGAGGAUCGAUUCAACCGCCGCGCGCGGUACCCCUGGACGUUCAUGAAUGAAGAGCCGUUCACAGACGAGUUCAAGACCCUCAUGCGAAACAUUAUCCAUGGCGAGGUGACAUUCCUACAGAUCCCGAGGGACCACUGGUUCCAGCCAUCCUGGAUCGAUGAGGAUAAGGCGAAGGCUGGUCGCGAGCAGAUGGAGAAAGACAACAUCAUCUACGGCGGAUCCGUUUCAUACCGGAACAUGUGCCGUUUCAACUCAGGUUUCUUCUUCCGGCACCCGGAGAUGCAGAAGUACAGAUGGUACUGGCGUGUGGAGCCCGAUGUACACUUUCACUGCGACAUCACCUACGACCCUUUCAUCUUCAUGGAAGAUCACAACAAGACGUACUCGUUCACCAUUACGAUGUACGAGUUCGGCGCGACGAUUCCGACGCUAUGGGACGCGGUGAAGGAGUUCACAAAGGAGAACCCACAGUACGUCGCGAAGAACAACGCGAUGGGCUACAUCUCCGACGACAACGGCAAUUCCUACAACAAUUGUCAUUUCUGGUCGAACUUUGAGAUUGCAGACAUGGACUUCUGGCGCUCAGAGGCGUACACCAAGUUCUUCGAACACCUCGACAGCAAGGGCGGCUUCUACUAUGAGCGUUGGGGCGACGCGCCAGUGCACUCGCUCGCGGCCUCGCUCUUCCUGGACCGGAACCAGAUCCACUUCUUCAAUGACAUCGGUUACGAGCACAACCCGUUCACGCACUGCCCGCGCGGCACGCUCGCGUUCCAGAAGGGCAAGUGCAAAUGCGAUGUGGCGCGCAACUUUGACUACGACGGGUACUCGUGCAUGCGUCAGUGGGACCGCAUCCAGGACGGCCUGAUCCCCGGGUAG